UUCAUCCUCCCGUACCCUGAGACAGACAGACACGCCACUGCAAAAUCACUUCCCCCAAACUCCACCUCCACCCAGAACCUCGCGACUCGCGAGGAUGCGCCGCCUCACCCGCCCAGCGUCCCGCCUCUUGGGCAGCUCUGCGAGGAACGCUCCCAAUGCGCUCUCCGCGGACGCCCCACGGGUGCUCGACGAGAUGCCGCCUCCGCCUCCCACGUCACCAGCACGGCCACGCCGCUCGCCGUUUGCCCAUGCCCGCCAGGUGCUCGGCGGAACGCGCGCCCGGGGGUUCCGCACAACGUCUCGGCGUCCUGCGGAUGACCACGCUGGCACGAGACCGCCGCAGUUCACGGUGGUGCCGGGGGACGCUGCAUUGGCGGAUGGCCUGGGCGCGGUUGCGGAGGUGGGCGUGUUGGAGGCUGCCGAGAGGGUGUGCCGCGUCGUGUCCACGCAGCCCGAACCGAGGGUUGCGUCAGCGCUUGAUGCGCUCGGGGUGGCCGUGUCGCCGGAGCUUGUGGCCGAGGUGCUCAAGAACCUGAGCAAUGCCGGCGUGCUAGCACUCGCCUUCUUCAGGUGGGCGGAGAGGCAGGAGGGCUUUAGGUACACAGCCGACAGCUUCCACAACCUGAUAGAGGCGCUUGGCAAGAUCAAGCAGUUCAGGCUUGUGUGGAGCUUGGUGGAGACCAUGCGGUGCAGGUGCUUGCUCUCCAAGGACACGUUCAAGCUUAUCGUCCGGAGGUAUGCCCGGGCGAGGAAGGUCAAGGAGGCUGUGGAGACGUUUGAGAAGAUGGGCAGUUUUGGGCUCAAAACUGAGUUAUCGGAUUACAACUGGCUGAUCGAUGCAUUAAGCAAAUCCAAACAAGUGAAGAAGGGACAUGCCAUCUAUAAGGAGAUGAAGAGGAAGGCCAAGUUCGUCCCUGAUUUGAAGACCUACACUGUCCUAAUGGAAGGCUGGGGCCAUGAGAAAGAUCUGUUGAUGGUCAGAACAGUGUACCAAGAAAUGCUGGAUGCAGGCAUCAGGCCUGAUGUUGUGGCGUAUGGGAUGCUGAUCAGUGCCUUUUGCAAGUCUGGAAAAUGUGAUGAAGCCAUCAAGGUGUUCCACGAGAUGGAAGUAAGUGCUUGUAUGCCAAGCCCUCAUGUGUACUGCAUGCUUAUUAAUGGGCUCGGCUCGGAGGAGAGGCUGGAUGAAGCUUUGAAGUACUUUCAGCUUUACAAGGAAAGUGGGUUCCCCAUGGAGGUGCCUACAUGCAAUGCGGUUGUUGGAGCUUACUGCAGAGCCUCAAAGUUUCAGCAUGCUUUCAAGAUGGUUGAUGAGAUGAGGAAGUGUAAAAUUGGCCCAAAUUCCCGGACUUAUGAUAUAAUUCUUCAUCAUCUGAUAAAAUCGCAGAAGUUCGAAGAGGCCUAUGAUGUGUUCCAGAAAAUGGGGAUGGACGGUUGUGAGCCUCAGCUCAACACGUAUACAAUGAUGGUUGGCAUGUUCUGCAGUAAUGAAAGAGUUGAUAUGGCAUUAAAGGUGUGGAAGCAAAUGAAGGAGAAAGGUGUUCUCCCAUGUAUGCAUAUGUUUUCAGCAUUGAUCAAUGGGUUAUGCUUUGAGAACAGGCUCGAAGAAGCUUGUGCAUAUUUCCAGGAGAUGUUGGACAAAGGAAUAAGGCCACCUGGUCAACUUUUCAGUAAUCUGAAGGAAGCUCUUGUUGAAGGAGGAAGAAUUAGUUUGGCACAAGAGAUGGCUUUGAAGUUGGAUGCGUUAAGGAAAACCCCUUUGCGUGGUUGAGAAAUCCCUUCUGUUCUUUAAUAAUCUGAGGUGCUUGGAGCAUGACACAGUUAGACACUCAUUGGGCACGCAGAAGUGAUGUAUACAUCAAUGGAUCCAGCAGUUGGCGGAAGCAAUGUGAGUGUUUCGUACUUCAGAUCGUUAAAACGAUGUAGCCAUCAGCUAAAUUAUGUUUUCUCGGAAAUGUGUCAAAAUCAAGAUAGGGUGUGCUUAAUAUCGUGAGUUUGCCUAGAAAAUUUGCUGUGUUUUGAGCAAACUAACUUAGCGUAUCUUAUUGUCUUUAUUGCAUUGUUACUUUUCUUUAUUUGCGAGAAAAUAUGCAAUGUGUUCAAACUAACAAAUCAAAGAAAAUUAAACAUUCCUUCGCUGGGAACAAGCUUUUGUUCAUAGUUUAUUGAUCCCAUUCAUUCUUCAUGUUCAUGGUUGUUACUCUAACGGCUCGAUUCGCUGUCAUUUGAUAGUGCUGCUAUUGUUCGUUUAUCAUGUUCUUGUAGGCAAGGGGUCAAACAUACUUGCAUUACUGCCAGUGGAUAUCAUUUUGUGAUCUGUGUGCCUGUAACACAUAACGCAGAUUAUUUGUUGAUGAAUGAUUUCAUCUCCAGCUUGAGUGUUUGGCACCAAGAAUUUUACAUCAGUACAUUUGAAUUAGGACUUGCUUUUGCUUCUUAUCUAGAGUAUGUCAGUUCAUCAUGUGUAUCUGUCCUACAAAUUUUUCGCACUUCAUGAAAGGGAAAUCAGAUUGGACAAAGAUUUUUACUGUCGUUGCUUUUCAAGUACUUGACACGUACCACAAUUUUUUUCUCAGUUACUAGGAUUUGGUACGUACAUUCCCAAAAUGUUCCAAUUUACUUGUUGUUCCCUUCUUUUUGCUUGAGAAACUAUUAAGGGGUCAGUUUGGUCACAUUUAUCCAAGAUAUCAUUGCUUAACUAUGGGCUCUUGGUAAAAAAAAAUGUGUAUUGCUUAAAAACACAUUACACACUUAAUUGUGACUUUGCAGCAUUUGGUGAUGUUGUGUUUGAUAGUACAUACCGGACUAACUGUUACAAUUUGCCAUUUGUGCCUUUUUGUUGGGUUGAAUCACCAUCGAAGCACACUUGUAUUUGGUUGUGGCAUAAUUUCCAAUGAAACAUUUGAGGCAUAUGAGUGGCUGCUGCAAACAUUCUUGAUUGUCAUGGCCCAGAAGCAUCCAACUUCGGUGAUCACUGAUGGUGACCUUGCAAUGCAGAAAGCUAUCAGAACCAUUUUGGCUAAUUGUAACCAUAGGCUGUGCACCUGGCACAUUGAGCAAAACAUAUUAUGUAAUCUGCACAAUUCUAAAGUAGCUGAAGAGUUCAAAUAUUUCUAUACGAUCGUUGUUCCAUACCGAAGAUUGAGAGGAAAUGGGAUGAAUUAUGGAAAGGAAUUGAAUUAGCACACAUGGUUGUAUCAAAUGACGAACCUGUGGUGUGCAUCAUAUCAAGUGGGACGAUGUUUCUUAGGCCUGAGGAGUAAUCGACACAGCGAGAGUCUGAACUCCAAAUUGCAUACCCAUCUUGAUAGAAAGAUGACACUAUUUGAUAGCUUGAUCUGCAUGUGUCUCUUCAUCUGGUGUUCAGGAUUAAGCUUCUGUGGCAGUGAUUGUCAUGUGCUUUAGUUUUGCCAUGUAUUAGUGUUGUUAUUCAUGAACUGUUGGAAGGCAUCCGAGGGUCAUGACAGUUUUUUGUUACUACAUGAUCUUUUUCUUAAGCACCUACAACUCCUGCCUGCCAGGUUAAUUGUGUGGUCACCAAUCUGUGUGGCCUCUCACUAGCCGCCUUGUAAACCACGUUUGGUUCUUCAAGUGGGAAUUGUUGUGCAA